CAAUUUUCUAUUGACGACAUUUCCGGUAUAUGCUUUUUGUAAACACUAGAAACUUAGACUCACGAACGCCGCCUCACACCCACAGGUAAAACAUAUGUCACCGACUGUUUCGCUCGCCGCAGUGUAGGUGAGCAUCCUAGCCUUCGUCCCGGUCGGUGAGCGACGCUUUCCCUCCGGUUCGUCCGUCCGGACGUUCAGGGAAUGAUCCGAGCUAAGCUAACCUCUGCUGCUAGCUGGUAGCUUAGCCCCAGCUGAUGCGGUGCUAAGUGCGCGUCGCCCUCCCGAGAAAAGUGAACAGUCUCAUGGUGGUUUCAGUUCAAUGGGGAACUGCCUGUUUUCGCAAGGUGCGGAUGACCUGUCGUUGCUGAACGAGUCCGAGGGCGGCAGUCUGCCCGGGGAGCCUCCGCCGCCCUACCAGGAGCGGGUCCAGCCAGCGCUGGUGUACCACCCCACGCCGGGGGAGAAUCGUCUGGCCAGCCAGCUGACCGAGGAGGAGCAGGUCCGCAUCGCCCAGCGCAUCGGCCUCAUCCAGCACCUGCCCAGAGGCGCCUUCGACCCCGGCUCCGACCCCUCUGACAAGAAAGUUAAAGAGUGCGUGAUCUGCAUGAUGGAUUUUGACUACGGCGAUGCCAUUCGGUUCUUGCCCUGCCUUCACAUCUACCACGUGGACUGCAUUGACCCCUGGCUGAUGCGCUCCUUCACCUGCCCUUCCUGCAUGGAGCCCGUCGAUGCCGCCCUGCUGUCUACUUACGAAACCAACUGAGUGGCUCCUGGGAGCUGCUCCUGCCUAACACACCUGCACCUUCUUAACCGACACUGUCCUAGCUGUUCGUACAGGUAGUCAAGGUAAUGUGACAUUAUGCAGCUGUUUGGAGACCGUUUUGGGAUGCAGACAGAUGUUAAAACUGUGUCCUAAAGCACGUUGCUUAAUUAUGCAUCUAUUUGGGCUUUCGAAACUCUUUGCCUUUUACAGUAGGACAAUGUGCCAAAUCAAGCUAGAUGCAGAAUGUGGAAAUCUGUACAAGUAGCAUAACAUUACAGCAGAAUUGUAAUUGUAUUUACACCAUUGUUUAACUGACAGUUUAUUCACGUUUGUGAUUUUAUUAUCAUUUACUAAUUGUCACUUUUCUUUCCCUUUCAAUGUGCAAUAUGUCAUAUUAGCAGAGAACACGCUGACCAUUCAUCUUGCUGGCAUUGUUUGUCAAAGCUGAAGUGAAGCUACUGUUAUAAAACGAACACAUGGUCUAGAAUGUCACAAAAACACAGACCUCUGUUGAAAUGCAGUCAGCGAAGUACAGAUGGAACAAAAAAUGCUUAGAUCCUAUGAUCUCUGAUGAGUUAAGAUGGUGUAAACGCAGUGUUUGUAGGUUUUUGAGGAAAGGUUCUGUUUGAUCUGAUUAGAGUUUUUUUUGGUACUGUAGUUUUCAUUUGAAGCUGCUUUUCUCAAUGUGUAUUGUGUUGUUGUUUGUCACCUGUCUAUAUUAUAGGUUCUGUCUUUUGCUUCUUAUUUUUAGUUUUUCAGAAUUACACCCUUGCUGCAUUGUUUGUUUACUCCGUGACAUUUACCAAUUUACAACGCGUGCAAUCCCCCCCUGAAGCACCUUGGGACACGUCAUCCGGCACUCUGUGGUUUGUAGACUUUGCAGAUUGCAGUGUGUUCUGAUUCUAGUGUAUGUAUGAUUGUGUUUUAAAGGAUUUGCAUGUUGAGGACAACCUGUAAAUGAACCCUGUCAGUCGUGAAGCUCGUCGUAGUCACCGCACCUCUCUUUUUUUUAGAUUUGGGUUUUGUGUUCACAGCCUUUUUACAACAAGCGAUGCAUUUCUAGAGCUCUAUUAAGACGAAUAAUGUCUCAUUCUUCGGUAUUAGAUGUGCCCACUCUGAUACUGACGGACUAAUGUAUAGCACAAUCAAGUAAAACGGUGUCAAAGAAGCUGCAGCAGUGGAAAAGAUUGCCCUUUGAAUGUAAAGCAUCCUUUUAGCUUUUAAACAUCUGGACUGUGACAAUUAGAGGACUGUCUGAUUUACUCAGGCUGCUGUGCCUUCUAGGGUUAAAUUAAACCAAUUCCAGUGAAGUACAAUCAUUUCUGUCAUAACUUGUUUGUUUUUCUUUGAAUUGAUCUUUGGGGAGUCUGAUAGCAGCGCUGUAACCGACAGUGUUUUUAGCAAACCGGGCAAGGGUGAUGCCAGAAGUUUGCUCUGGCUGCUGCUUUAAUUUAUAAUGAGCACCACUGGCGAACGGGUUUUAGGAAAUUCAUGACAAUAAUAAAUGUGUGUAUCAAAUUUUAA